AUAUUUAAUGGCAACUCAGACAGAGACACAGUGGUGUGGAACACCUUAUACCCACGUGUUUUUACCCGGGUUGUUCGUAUUCAUCCGAAAAUGUGUUAUGAUAACUGCUCUCUAAGAGCUGAGUUCCUUGGAUGUUAUAAAGGUAAGUUCAAAUUAACUUAA